AUGCUCACUCUCUUCUGGGCGAUUGCGCUCACACAUACUGUCUUCAAGCUCAUAGAUCUAUCGAGUUUCAGACGCACUCGCCAUAGAAUCAACCAGAUAGCGAAAGGCAUAGCGAUUAUCUUACCCGCUAUUCUUAUGUGUCUCCUGCGUCUGAAAGCGAUCCAAAGUUCCCUCGCAGCUUUCUUGGCGAUCGCCAAUUUCAAUAUAAUGAUAAGCCUCACGGUCGGAAGCAUACUAUUAAUAGCAAUACUUAUCAAGUACAUCUAUACUCGACAUCAACUCGUUUCAUGGAACGCUCGCUAUCUAUUCUCGAGGAGGUCGCAGGAAGCAGGUGGAGAAAUCCUCAACGUGUUAGAUCGAGGCGACGGCCGUCAAAGUAUCUACGACCGUUGGUUGGUUUUGCGAUUUUCAAUCAGCUUCGUCGUGUUGGCGGUAUUCCAACUUAUUACGAUUUUGUCGGAAAUAUCUCAGCUGUCCAACCACACUAAGGAGAAGUUGGGGGACUCGGCGGAUCUGUCGGCAGGGAGAGCUAAGAAUGACUUUCUACUUUUCAUUCCGGGUGUUUCGACGAGCUUGCUGGUAUUCAUCGUUUUCGGAACGACGCGCACAUUCCGAAAGACAAUGUAUUCGAAAUUCAUUCCCAAGCGAUUUCAGAAAACGCCGUCGCGAGUCGAGCCCACACCCGCAACGCCCGCCGCUCAAGAAUCCCGUGACGAGGAAGAGAACUAUCAUAACAUGUCGAACGAAGCUCCGUCUGAUAAGGGGCUAAAUAACGAAAGCGAAGCUGCGACUACCGUGGGGACGAGGGAAAUAUGUUCUACGCCUCCGAACCCGCCCCCGGACCUGAGGCGCGAGAUUAAGCUCGAGUCGUGA